AUGAGCAACGGCGUAGGGUCCAGUUUACACUACACCAAUCCAGAAAUAACUCCCGAUCCACAGAAUCCAGUUUAUAAUGGACAAGUGAAUUUGAAGUAUGGAAUUGGUCCGUUACCAGAAGGACUACAGAAUAAAAAAAUAUUCUUUUUCGAUAUUGAUAACUGUCUCUACGAGAGAUCGACCAAGAUUCAUGAUAUGAUGCAAGUCAAAAUCCACGAAUACUUCAAGGCCAAUCUCAAGUUGAGCGACGAAGACGCCCACAAAUUACACAUCAGCUAUUAUACCACGUAUGGAUUGGCAUUAGAAGGGUUGGUGAGAAAUCACCAGGUGGACGCUUUGGAAUACAAUUCUCAAGUUGAUGACUCACUCGAUCUCAAAUCGGUUUUAAGCUACAACCCAAAAUUACGCCAAACUUUAUUAGAUAUCAAACAGAAUCAAGACUACGACUUAUUCUGGUUGAUAACCAAUGCCUAUAAGACCCACGCAUUGAGAGUGGUUUCCUUUUUAGGACUCGGAGACUUAUUUGACGGGUUGACUUAUUGCGAUUAUGCUCAAUCUCCCAUUAUAUGUAAACCAAUGGAUCAAUUUUUUUUCAAUACUUUAAAGAAUGUUAACAUUGAUUAUGACGAUAAGCAAGUCAUGCGGAGACAAUCCUUUGUUGACGAUAGUGAAAUCAACGUUAAAGCUGCUCAUAGAUUGGGGUUUGGCUUGGUGAUUCAUUAUAUUGAAAUUGAUUCCGAUUACGAGAAAAUCAAAUCAAAAUCAGACUUUAAAGAAUAUUAUGGCGACGGUGACAACUCAGACAAAUCCAAAAUCCAAAUCAUCAGAUCCAUCAUAGAGCUAAACAAGAUUUAA